GACAGGUCGAAAUAUGUAACUGGACAUCGGUCAAGCUUAACCCGUUUCCAAUGUAAACAAAUACAAACAUUAUAUAUUGAUUGUACAAUAGAUAAAUGGUCACUCUCUCAUAAUCUACAACGGAUAGUAAUCAUGAACCAACAAAAAGUACAUCCCGGACAAGAUGGGUCGCAGCCACCAGCAUAUACCAACCAACAACAACCAUAUACCAACCAACAACAACCAUAUACCAACCAACAACAACCAUAUACCAACCAACCACCAGCACUGCCGCCAGGUUUACCUCAAGCUAACCAACAACAAUGGAUGCCGGCUGUAGGUGCUACCGCGGGCUGUCCGUCUGGACUGGAAUACUUGACACAGAUUGACUCAGUUAUAAUUAAACAGCAAGUGGAUUUAAUUGAAGCCUUUGUUGGCUGGGAGCAGGCAAACAAAUAUCAAAUUACCAACAAUCAAAACCAACAGAUCUAUUUUGCUGCUGAGGAAUCAUCUAUGUUACAAAGACAAUGUUGUGGACCAAGUAGAGGAUUCACUAUUCACAUAACAGACAACAUGAACCAGGAAGUAUUACGGCUUGUAAGAGAUUUCAAAAUGUUUGCUGGAUGUUGCUGGUGCGCAACCGGAAGCUGUAACUGCUGUGCACACGAAGUGCGUGUGGAAGCACCAAUUGGACAUGUUAUCGGAUACGUACGACAAGAACAGAGUUGCUGGGCUCCAAGAUUUACAAUAAAAGACGCUGACCACAAUGAUAUACUGAAAAUAAAUGGUCCUUGUUGUGUACUUAGUAUGCCAUGCUGUGAAGAUGUUUUUAUGCUUAAGAAUGCAGAAGAAACAGCAGAUCUUGGAAAGAUUUCGAAAAAACCAGGCAUGGCAGAAAUAUUUACUGAUGCAAAUACAUUCGGAGCUAACUUUCCCAUGAAUCUUGAUGUGAAAGCAAAGGCAUGCGUUUUGGGAGCAGUUUUCCUGAUCGAUUUCAUGUUCUUCGAAGGAGCUGGUAACAAAUUGAUGAGCUAUAAUUAGAAUCAAAAGUGAAAGUGAAAAGACUCUUAUUCAAUGCACUGUAAUGCUGUUUCUUUGAUAACAUUUUCAUUGUCUAAGAAAAACAAUGUACAGAAAAAGUCAAGUUGUAUUUAAUAUAUUUAUUUUGAACUAGUGCUUCAUAUGUAUUAUGUAAAAUGAAUACUCCGCUGUUCCAAUAAAUUUCAUUGGUUAGAA